UUGUUAAAGACGUACAGUGGACAUGGUUAUGAAGUACUUGAUGCUGUAGGAUCCAGUGAUAACAGUCGACUGGCUAGCUGUGGAGCAGACAAGACUGUAGUACAAUGGGACGUGGCUACAGGACAGAUUCUAAGACGCUUUAGAGGUCAUACUGCUGUAAGUUCUUAUGCGGUACAAGUCGUUUCGAUACAAGUGGAAUCAGCCGGCUUCACCCCCUUUCGAGUUCGCCCGGUUCGAGUUCGCCCCCUAUUAAAGUUCUAUCGAGGGAUACUAGAUAUGAAAACGCACAAAUUUCUCAGCAUUCGAGUUCGAGUUCGCACGGGGUGUAAAUAGUUCCACCUACUUGGCUAAGAACGACGAAUAUUCACCCAAAACAUUUUUCUUGUUCACGCGCAAACUAUACUUGAAUUGAAGGAAAUUUUUGCGCAAUUAUUUUUCUGCUUGAGUUUGUAUCGAAACGACUUUGUAUAGAAACAACCGGUUUCCUUUUGUGCACGCCCGACCCCCCUCACAGUCCUCCAGGGAAUAGUAACAAUAUUUACAACAGUAUCUUCGUGAUAAAUUAACAAAAGAUCAUCACAGUUGAAGGCGUGACUUAAGCUCAUGUAGUUGCUGAAAGAAAGCCUAAAAAAAUCAGGCUCCCCUGGAUUUUAAUCCUGGCCUCUGUGAUACUGGUACAGCUCUCUUAACAAUAUUAACGAUAUUAACUAAUAAUAUUGUUAGCAAGCCAGCUGAGAGCUGCAGGUAAUAAAAUUUGUUCGUAAUAUACCCAGGAAAGAUGAAGAGAUAAAUAUGUCAAUUUUAUGUAUUUGAACUGCAGAAUGAAGAAGUAAUAAUAAGUUCAUCACAGUUGAAGAUGCAAUUCAAACAAUCAUAAUAAUUACUAUUUUAAGCAUUAUUUUUUGUGAUGCUGUGCCCACUCUUCAGAUAAAACUUAAUAAUUUAGUGCCUUUAGGAUAAGUUUGUGAGAGAUGCACAUCUGUUGUUAUCUUCUCAACUGUUAUUUGUUGCAUUGCAGCGAGUCAACUGCGUUAAGUUCAAUCAGCCAGAUAGCACAGUAAUUAUCUCAGGUUCAUAUGAUGCCACAAUACGCUGUUGGGACUGUAGAUCUCGCAGUGCUGAACCCAUACAGAUUAUUGAUGAUGCCAAAGAUAGUGUUUCCUCACUGAUGGUAUCACAACAUGAAAUUUUGUCAGGGUAAGAAAGUAAGUUAACAUUAAAAAAGCUUCUUGCCUGUCCUUGCUUAAGUAAAAAUAAUACUAAUUAGUGUUACAAAAGACCUCAUUUCUAGGAAACAAUAAUGUGCAAUUAAUUACCAGUAGUAUAACUAAUAUUGCAGUUAUAUGGUUCUGUCAUACAACUGUACCAGUACGCUGUGUAUUUACCUGAUUGGUUCAUCAUGAUGCAAUUACAUGUGUCAGAAGUAUUUCUGCUCUUCUUAUAUGUAGUGGUUUUUUAGACUAACAGCAAUAUCUGUUAGUGGUGUUAAGCUCAUUCCACUGCUAUACAUGUAAAGCAUUUUCACUCACGUGGCCAGCAUCUAUGCAAAUCUAUUGGAACAAAAGAAAGCAUUUUCAUCAGAAAAGAGUAUAACUCCCUAAGGAUUUGUUUGGAACACCAACAUAGUCAUAGUUUCAUUGUUUUGGAACACCAAUAUGGCCGCUGUGACAUUAUGUGAAAAUGCUCUUUAAAUGUAAUUUACUUUGUUAAUGAGUCAUAUGGCAGCUCUUUUAGUGGCUGCAAGAAAUUCUUCUAAAACAGGCUAAAUUAGUGUGGUAUAAAUUUCAUAGAUAAUAUAAAUAUUACAUGUAUUUUUGUGACUUGGGAUUUGAAGAGAAUCAAAGGCCAAAACUUGUUUGAAUUUUGUAGUUAUUUUUUUCUCAUUGUCUAUCACUGUUUUUAAUUUGGUCUUAAGAUCCAUCGAUGGUAAAGUUCGCAACUAUGAUAUCCGCAUGGGUCAGUUGCAUGUAGACUGUAUUGGCCACCCAGUAACUAGUGUGAGUUUUACCAGGGAUGGCCAGUGUGUGUUAGCAUCCACUCUUGAUGAUACCAUCCGUCUGAUGGACAAAGACACAGGAGAGUUACUAAAUGAGUAAGUAACCAAGUUUUAUGUUCACAAAAUAUACUACUGUACAUAGAUGUACAUUUACCAUUUACAUGUAAGAGUAGUUUUUGAUUCCCAUCGCAGCAAAAAUGAUGCAUUAAUUAAAUUAAAAAAAAAAAAAAGUUUAUGGAAGGAACCGGGGGCCCCAUGGGAAGGUCCGCCAGCCGGGCCUCCUUCCCCAUUCUUUGGCCAAAGCCCCCGAAUUUUUUCCCAAGCCAUGCCCCCCUUCGUAUUUCGAAAAACCACACGCCUAAACCCCAUCCACACACCAAACCCGAUUGCCGCCUUCUCCUUGAAAAAAAAAAUAAUUAAAUUAAAAAAAAAAAAAAGUUUAUGGAAGGAGACAGUGGGCCCAGUGGAAGGUGCAGCAGACUGGCAUUCUAUCACAGUCCUUUGUCUAAGUCCCCUGAUUUUUUUCCCAGGCAUGGUCACCUGUGUCAUAUUAGUUAAUUCUGUUUCAAUUUUUACUAAGUGGCAUGCCUUUAAACUAGCUACUGUAGCUUUGUUCAUUGCCCUAGCCUACGAAUAAAGUAUUUACCAUUUUACCAAAGCCCCUAGCACCUUUUUUUGUUGCAUACAUAACUACAUAACUAUUAUAAUCUUCAUGUGUUCUCCUGCUGUUCAAUUAUGCUGUAUAUUCAAUUUCAUAUCUUCACUUUCAUAUAAAAGCCAAAAAAUAUAUAUUCGAAUAAUGAUAAUUACAUGUAAGUAAGUAAGGAUUGAUAUAUAUGUAAUAAACAAGGAAAGCUUACAGCUGCAGAGGUAACAAAAACAACAAGAACAUCUUUUAUUUAAACAUGGUGGGUUUUAAAGCUAACAUAGCUUGUGGGGCUGUGUAAAAAAUGUUAAAAGGAUAAUGAAAAUUGAAAAAACGAUAAAAAAACACACCAGUGUCAAUGUAUUAUUAAAAAUAUGAAUGUGGUCAGUAAAAGGCCAAAGAAUUUACGUACAAUAAGAGAUAUGAAUAGAAUUAUCAAUAACAGACGAAAUCACCGUCAAUUUGGGGACCAAUUUGCAGUGACUCUUCAUUAACGUUCAAGUUUCUGAAGGUAGGAGAUUUUUUUGCCCUUUUAGCAUAAUCGCUGGCACUAAAACGGCCAAGGGAACAAUUUGUCCCCUUCAAAAUUUAGGGAAAAAACUCGAAAGGUAGCACACAUGAUCGAAGAGAUUUAGUUCAGUACAGACAUUGCAAGCUAAAACAAAAAGUGGAAAAUAUAUUUCAUCGCAUGUUUAAAGUUCAUUCUAAAGUCACCUUUCAGUCACGCUCUACUGAACACAUACGUCUCAUGCUCUAACCAAGCGUGGUGAACGCACCUGGCAGUCUUUAACAUGUCAAAUCGAAAACAUGUUCGAACAUUAGAACACUUUUUCGCUCCAAAUCAAAGCCAGAGUGAAUCAGAGAAAAAUGAUACAGAAGAAGAACAGUGUAUUAAUCAGGAAGAAAUGGAUGAGGAUCGAAGGAAACCGAAAAAAUCACGAACUUUCCAGAAAACUUGGUUGCGAGAUCACACAUAGUUGUGCUAUGAAAAGGAGGCGUACGUCUACCAGUAAUUAAGAAAGGAAUUGAAGUUUACAAGGGGAUGCCGGGAUGAGAUUCUGCUGUGAAAUGUUUUGAAGUAUAAAGCAUAGUCAUUGAUCCUCUGUUUAAAUGUGACCAGAAAAAAAGUCUCAACACCAAAAACUUAACUUUUCUUGUUUGUAUCACUUUUCUUGUAUUACAAGGAUCAGGUAAAAAAAAAAAGGUGUUUGUUGGCUUGCCUGUAUAGCCACACAUAUAGCCACAGCGUAAAAAAAAUGUUGAAUAACAAUUAAUUUGUCUGUCCCCCUAAAAAUAAAAAUGUUCCCCAAAAUUUUAGACAAGGGGACACAUUGUCCCCCAGUGAUCAAAUCCUAGCUCAAACCCUGACUAACCAGUGUUGUUACAGGUACAGUCAUGUAACCUUUGUCGUGGGUAUUUUUCGAUCAGUGCUAGUACAUUUUAGGAUAGGAGAGGUGACUUAAAUUUAUUUUGUUUCAGAUUCACAGGUCAUAAAAACAGAGACUACAAAGUGGACAGUUGUUUGAGCAGCAGUGAUGUGCAGGUGGUGAGUGGCUCUGAGGAUGGCAGGAUUUGCUUCUGGGAUCUGGUAGAGGGAAAGAUAGUACACACACUGGAGAAGGCACAUCAGUCUGUUGUGUACUCUAUAUCUUAUCACCCAACUGAGAUUGCUCUUUUAUCUGCAUCUUCUGAUGGCAAAGUUAAAGUCUGGCAUGACUCAAGUUGGGAGCCUGGAUGA